AUGUGCGGUCCUGGUGAGGUUGACGACGAUUUGGAACCCGAAACGGCUGAGGAGUGUGCUAAGUAUGGCAAGGUGGUUACCUGCAUGAUCUUCGAGCUGCCCGACGCGGCGGAGGAUGAGGCAGUUCGGAUAUUUGUCGAAUUUGAAGAGGAACAGUCUGCUGUCCGCGCCGUUUGUGACCUGAAUGGGCGAUUUUUUGGCGGUCGCGUCGUGAAGGCCGGUUUCUACGAUGCCGAAAAAUUCCGCAACCUCGAACUCACAGACGCGCCAAUGCAGGGAUGA